GAGACUAUCUACGAUGCUGCAAGUUCUGUUACCCAUUAUGUGCUUUUGUCAUUCUUGCUGCUUGUGUGGUAGCGUGCGUUGGCUUAGUCUGGAUGCAGGUAGCUCUCAAGGAGGAUCUGGAUGCUAUAAAGGAAAAGUUUCGAACUAUGGAAUCUAAUCAAAAAACAUCGUUCCAAGAGAUUCCUAAACUGAAUGAAGAUUUGGUGCAGACGCAAAAGCAGCUAGAACAAAUUGAGACGGGAGAACUGGGGCUAAAUAAAAUUUGGAUAAAUAUCACAGAGAUCAAUAAACAGAUAUCACUAUUGACCUCAGCAGUAAAUCAUCUCAAAACCAGCAUGAAGUCUGCUUCUGAUCUGAUUUCUCUUCCUCUCACAGUAGAGAAACUUCAGAAGACUGUAGCAAACAUAGGUAGCAUGCUUACCAGUGUUUCUCAUGAUGUUGAAAAUGUACAAACAGCUAUUGAAGAAUACAAGAAAUCCAUAGAAAUACUCCAGAAUGAUGUGGAAUUGAAACAGAUACCUUCACUUCCCUCCACUGUUGUGCCAAGGACUGAGAGAAAUCAGACAGAAAAUUGCAGAAAGGAAAGCCAAUUGCUGCACGCAGCUUUGGAAGAGCUGAAUAAUACUGUAGUGCCGUACCAAAAGUUGAAUGACAUCAAGCUUCUAAAUGUGGAUUUGGCCAUUGGUAACCUCAGCCGGAGGGUGAUGCUCUUGGAAAACUCUCCCCUUGCUGUGAAUAAUCUGGACAAAAGAGAGAACUUGUCUACUAAUGUGGGGAAUGCUGCAACUACCUCUCUAAAAGUGGAAAAUGAAGAUCGACUAGAUAAUGAAACUCAUUCAAGCAGAGAACUGAAGGAAACAGGAACUAGAGAUUCUCAGGUAUCAAAACUAAGAGAGAAGCUUCAGCUGAUCAGUGCUCUCACAGGCAAGCCAGAAAAUGACAGACCCGUUGAGACAACAAAGGAUGUUGAAAGUAGUCUAAGUACUACAGCAAAGCCCACAGACCUUUCAAGGCUGACUUCAAGGUCAGCUGAUGACAGCACAGAGGCUAACGGACAGCUGAGGUAUCUGUCCUUACCAGGAAUUUCCAGCAUUGAAGAUCUUCAGAAUUUGUUUGAAAAAGCAACUAAAGAUGCUGAUGGAAAACUAUCAUAUGAAGAUCUUCAAAAGCUGCUUGGCUCUACAGCCCAAGAGUCACAGAGCUUGAAGAAAUUUGAUACAGAUGGAGAUGAGAGAUACUCAUUACAAGAACUGAGAUUAGCAUUAGGUGUAUAGGAUAUAUUUAGAAAUGUGAUAUUGAUGGAUGCUACUGUAGCUACAGAAACUAUGGGACAAAAAACUACGUCUGCACUUUCCCAGUGUUUUACUGAUCUUUGGAGCUAAAUUACUGUACGCGUUACCACCUCUUUUUUCAUUUGUGUUUAUUGAAAAGAAAUUUACAAAUUGAUAUGUCAAUAGGACAUGAUAUUGGGACUGCGUUUAAAAUCCAGGAAAUUCCCAAACUUGGAAACAUUUUCCUCUCAUUCUUUCCUUUUCAAGGGAGUUCUUGUUUUUAAUUUAAAAUGUGUACAUACUGAAAUAAAACUAUGGUUUUAUAUUUCACUGAAAUUUGCCUUAAAUUAGAGAGCUGCACUUUAUGUAGAGCAGAAGGAAAUCUGUCUUGUAAAGAUAGGCUGCUUCUGCUUGUAAAUAUUUGAGAUAGA